AUGAAUUCCUCUUUAGGUGACAGGCAAGAUAGAAUCAUUGUCAUCUCGAACCUCUAUGCUAUUGUACGUCUCUACCCCAAAGAAUGUUUAGUUCAACAAUACCAACAUGUCGUCAAGAUACACAGAGCAAUCAAUCUUUAUAUUAAAACCCUCAAACAUCGACACCUACCACAAGAACAGAAACAUCAACUCAUCCAAACAUGGGUAUUUAUCAAAGAUAUAUUUGAAGAGAAUUGGGAUCAAGUACCGGAAAAUACAAGAGAGGUACUAUCAAAUUUACAAAUUGGUACACUUGAAGAAAACGAGUUUUCUUUAUAUUAA